CUUGAUUGGCCCACUACAAUACAAGCCAAUAUAGACUUCUAGUGAUUCAACGAAACCCAAGACGUCUCCAAGACCAAAAGGCAAAAGCUCAUCUCUUUUUCACACAAAUUCACAUGUUUUGAGUCUUUUGACUUGGUCGUCUUUAUCCAACUAUCCCCCAACUCCCUGCGGCGGCCGUGACGGACUCUUCAAGUGUAGGUGCGGCGGCCGUGACGAACUCUUCAAGUGUAGGUUCUUCUCUCUUUCAGUAAGUACUUAUCAUUUCGAAUCCAACACCAACAACAUCAACAUCAAAUACAACACCGACAAAAACAGAGGAUACAGAGGCUGCUAGCAUUAGUCAACCUUCCAAACCAACUAGUAAGAAAAGGAAGAAUGCUUCCCCAGCCUGGAACCUUUUCGAGUCUAUUCUAGAAGGUUCUUUCAAAGCAGAUGAUGAUUACAAGAGAGGGUUAUAAUUCUUUUCAAAGCCAAGAUACUCAAUUCCAAGAAGAAAAAUCAGAGUUGGACUUGUAUUUACCAGUGUUUUCAAAGGCGCAAACGCAAGGCGAGGCGUUAUCGUCUCUCCAAGACGAGGCGUAAUCCUUGAUGCGUUGGGGCAUAGGGAUGACAUCAAUUGAUUUCGUGGUCUUGUAUGGUGGCAAAUGGGAAAUUUUUCACGGUAUGUACAAGUUCAAAGGUCGAAGAAGUCAAUGUGUCUUUGUUAAUGAUACCAUUACGUAUUCGGGGUUGGUGGAUAUGGUCUAUGAGUUGUUUGGAGUUGAUAGUAAUAAACAUGUUUUGGAGUUGAAGUUUGCAUAUAAUACACACUUUGACAUGGAACCAAUGGUCUUAAGUAAUGACCGUGAUCUCAAAUUCUUCUUAAGGCAAAAUGAUGAUCCUCGAAGACCUGCCACUCCACUUUGUGCAUCAAUUCUUCCUAUACAUGAAUAUAAUGUUCCCUCACAAAAUGUGAGUUUCAUUCCCCAAACGCAGGAGGAGUUUAUUCGACAAUCGGCAAACGUGUGUAAGGGUUUUAUUGAUUGUGGAUUCAACGAUAUAGAUGCAUCAUCAAAUCCGGAUAAUGGUGGUGAUGAUGACAAUGAACAUCAUUAUAAGCCUAAUGAGGGUUAGCUAUUUGAGGAUCAUUGGUUUCAUGAUGAUACUGUUCAAGAAGACGUUGAGAAAGAAAUACCUCCAGCAGCUGAUGUUCCUAGCCAUCCUGACAUUGUCUUUGUGGAAGUGCCUAAAAACAUCGGAUCAAAUUCUAUUGUUCCAUGUGUUGGGAGCAAUACCAUUAGUAAUUGCUCCACCGGUUACAAGAUCACAGUUGGGCAGAUUUUCUAAGAAAAAAUGGAGUUACAAAAGCAUAUUGCUUUGUAUGCUAUGAAAGGGAACUUCCAAUUUCAUGUGAUAAAAUCGACGAAGACUCUAUAUGUUGUUCAAUGUCUAGGAACAGGCUGCGACUGGCGUAUGAGAGCCGUAAGAGUCAAUGAAUCACCAUUAUUCAAAGUGACAAAGUUCAAUGACAUUCACACUUGCUCACUGGACUAUCUCAACGGAGGUCAUAGGCAAGCAUCAGGGAAGGUGAUUGGGGAUUGCAUUAAAGGAAAAUAUGAUGGUGUAGGGAGGUCUUACAGGCCGAAAGACAUAAUACAAGAUGUGUGGACAGAAUUUGGUGUCAAUAUUACCUACGAAAAAGCAUGGAGGUCUAGGGAGCAUGUUUUAGAAUCAAUACGACGAUCUCCAGAGUUAUCUUUUGCCUAUCUGCCACACUAUUGUGCGGAGCUAGAGAAGAACAACCCCGGAACUAUCACUCAUAUAGAGUCCGACAAGGAGAACAUGUUUAAAUAUUUUUUUCUAGCUCUUGGUCCGUCCUUGCGUGGUUUUAGAUCUUCGAUGAGACGUGUCAUCGCUGUCGACGGUACCCAUCUAAAGGGAAAGUAUCUAGGCAUGCUUUUUAUUGCAUCUGCUUUGGAUGGUAACAAUCACAUUUAUCCUAUUGCUUUUGGUGUUGGAGAUUCGGAGAAUAACGAAUCUUGGAUAUGGUUCUUCGAGAAAUUACGGCAGGCAAUCUCACUUGAUGACUUCUCUGAAUUGGCUAUAAUUUCAGAUAGGCAUCAGAGUAUUGAAAGGGCAUCGAACUUAGUUUUUCCAGAAUCAUACCAUGGUCACUGCAUAUUCCACAUCAAACAGAACAUGAAGGCAAAGAAAUUCGAUCCUGUAAUGUUUCUAAUUUAUUUCAAGGCAACGAAGGCAUAUCGUGUUUUUGAAUUUGAGGUGCUAAUGACACAGUUGAGCUUAAUUGAUCCCCGUGCACAGAGUUAUCUACUUGCGGCUGGUUUUGCUAAAUGGUCUCGUGCACAUUUUCCUGGUCGGAGGUACAAUAUACUAACUACAAACAUUGCAGAGAGUAUGAAUGUUGUUCUUAGAGAAGCCCACCACCUUCCUAUAACAAUGUUAGUUGAGCACUUGAGGGAUUUGCUUCAGAGAUGGUUUUAUGAGCGACGUACCGAAGCAGCAUCUCUGAAUUCUAUGCUUUGCAAGGAGGUAGAGAAACAUAUACGGAAGUGGAUUGAUAGGUCUCGUAGGAUGGAUGUUACACCAAUAUCACAUACUGAAUAUUACGUUCGUGAUGGAUGUGGUAAUGGUGAGGUUAACUUGCACAAUAGAAAGUGUUCUUGCAAGAAGUUUGAUUUGCAGCAACUACCGUGUGUACAUGCAUUGGCUGCUUGUGCCAAUAGAGAAAUCACGGUACAUUCUUUGUGCUCAAGAUAUUAUACCAAUGAAGCUAUUUUGGUAGCUUAUGCUGAACCUAUAUAUACAGUUGGUGUUGAGCACCAGCGCGUUGAAAACGAUAUAAGAGUAUUAUUACCACCUAAAGCGAAAAGACCAUGUGGUAGGCCUAAACAGCAAAGAAUACCUUCCCAAGGUAAAACUGUGAUUAUCAGACACUGUGGACGAUGUAAGAAAAGUGGCCAUAAUCAUCAAACUUGUAAGGAACCAAUAGCAUUGCAUCCAAGAACUGAAUGAACUUUUGAUAUUAACAUUUGA